UUCGUUCUCUAACACCAAAGCAAAGUGAAAGAUUCUUAAGCACAAUACAAUAAUAGAGUGGAAGGUCUAAUGUUUGCCUUACAUGAUGGAACCCUCUGUCCUAGAAAGAGGGAUCAGAGGAAAGUCUAUGAAGAAUCGUUUCAUGGUUCCUUCAAACGGAGCAAACAAGGAGAUCAAACAAAAGACAAACUCGAUAAGAACACUUCUCUGUUCUAUCAAAGAUCAAAGUCAGAGAGCGCAAAUUUGAUAAACCCUGAUGUUCACCUUCACCUAGACACUAAGGCCCAGUCAGAGACAAUCGAAGAUCAUAGGACAUACUUGGACCUUGAGCUGAACCUUUCUUCUUCAUCAAGUUCCUCUGUAAAAACAAUCAUGAAGAAAGAGGAAUGCUCAAAAGGUGGAAACUUGAUCAUGACACCAAGUAAGAAGAAGGGGAUAUCAGGUGAUAUAGGGUUAAGUCGAUCCCCUUCUUGGCUAGCAUUUGAAGGCAAUGAUGAUGAAGAUGAUAAUCAGAAGAAGCAAGAGAUGGUAACAACAGUGUGUAUGAAGUGUCACAUGCUGGUUAUGCUCUGCAAAUCAACUCUUGUGUGUCCCAACUGCAAGUUCACGCAUCCUGAUGAUCACAGCUCAACAAAACAGCUUAAGCCUUUGAGUUUGUUCAACCUUUUAUGCUAGGCUUUUGCUUUUUCAGGACAUGUUGGUUUGAGUUACUGGGGUCCAAGAAUGUGAAAUUAGAUAUGUAUGAGUUAUGUAUAUACUUAUGGUACUAUUCGUUUUAUUCUAUGCUUAUAUGAAUUGGCUUCACCAUGAUUGUACUGGUAUACAUUUUCUUCAUGUCGAUUCUUCU